AUGCCGGUGUAUGGAAAACGAAGCAGCGGCAAAGUCGGGGCACGGAGGUGGUGGCGUUGCUUGUCGUGGCUGGUGUUCCUGUUCAUUUGCGGGGCUGUCAUCUCUCUGCUGCAGAUGAUGUCUACAGGUCCCCUGUCGAGAGUUCGCACGACAGAUGCCAAUAACAUCGUCCCCUGCCCUCCAGCCAAUCUUUCUGUGGCGGUGACGUCGACCGUUAUAAACAGAUUCAUUGCAGCUGCUGUCAUUCCCAAGAUUCAAGAGGAUAACAACACCCUCGUCAUUCCCGAGCAGGAAGUGGACCAUGUGUGGGUAGGCGAAAUGGUGCUACAGCAUUUUAAGCUGAAAUCUCUCACCGUCAAUACUGCCUUGCCAGACGAGCAGAGUUUAGUCCUACACUCCAAGGGAUUUGCUAUGGAGGUGGAGAAGUCGCGAUUUAUUUUUCAUUACAUGGGAAUACGGUGCGAUGGCACGUUCUGGGUCACCCUGAACGAAACCGACGUCGAGGCAGUGCUGCGUCUCACGCUGCUACCAGAUGGACGGUGGAGCGCGACGUUCCCGCACUUAGAGGUUGACUGGGGCCAGCUGGUUGUCUACCAUCAGCUGGACAGCAAGGCGUGCGGCAUUGCACAGAAAGUGCUGGAAAUCUUCAUUGGUGACUUUGACGCCUUCGUGGUCAGCCAAAUCAAGAAAAAACUGGAUGAAGAAGCGCCAAGCAAGGCAGCUGAGAGUCUCAAUGAUGUUUUUGCGAAAAUUGGCAUCCGCGCCAUGACACCGCCCGUGAUGACAGCGGACACGCUUCGCGUUAUGUUGGAUUUAAACCCGGUUGAUUUUGGCUGUGCUCCAGCGCCUACCGCGUCUGCGAUGCCUGACCUCAUCUCUCGCGACAUGGCCAUACGCACCACCCUGACAAGCGUGAAUAAUCUUCUCUACAACGCGGCACAGGCGGGACGUUUGCGGGUGGAGCAUGACCUACCAGCGGAGUGGAACACAUCUCUCUUCGAGGAUAUUAUUCCUGAGUUGUACCAGGCGUGCCGAGAGUGCUACUUGUACACCGACGUGCAGGCGGCAAAGGCACCUGUACUCGACGUGCCGCAAGACGGCGAAGUAUUGGUGGUUGCGAAGGACCUCAUUCUCGGACUGUACGUGCACCCCAAAUCCAUGUGGCAAGUCGCGACCUUGGCUGACAUUGUCACCGAAAAGAAGAGCGGGUCAUGCGCAGGAUCCGCCGCUGUCUCCCGAUCCUUCGAUAUCAAGAAGACUUCUUCAUGGCGCACCCGGAAGCCUCUUCCUGUACUGGCAAUUCGGUUGUCUGCCGCGUGCGGGGUUCGCAACAUCAGCGCCGAGACAGGUCGCUCAAUCAGCUACGAGUUACUUCCGGUGGAGAACGUCUCUGUGCAGAUCGAGGCGUCAAACAUCGGUGAUGUCAACACGACGGAACUGGAAAAGGCCAUAGCUAAAGCGUGGAACGACUUCGCUGCUCCGCUUGCUAACAGUGAGUCUCCGCUGAGGCUUCCACCCUUCUUCCAGAAAGCUAUCCUGGAGGUGGGAUUGGCGGCGAUUCAGGGCGGCGUGGAUGUCGACCUUGAGGCGGAGUUUAUGCAAGGUGUCUUCUCAAAACUGUAG